UAACACAGGAAGUGGAGCGAAUAAACAUCUUCAUUGUGAAUAGUAGUUUCUUCUUUUACAUUUAAAACCUAAAUAUGAACAAUAUAUGAUGUUAAGCAACAUUUCAUUCAUUUUUGAAAUAUAGAAUAGCAGGAGAGUAAAAGAAAAUUUGAAAAAUCGCUGGAGCAUUUGUCUUCUCGCACAGCCUGAUGGGUAAUAUGCUAACGUUGAGGCUGCGUUGAGGGGAGCUCCGCAUUUCCAGCGGCAGAAAGUUCAUACUCGGCGAACCAAAGAGGUGCAGUUGUGACUGCAUCAGGACCAGAGUCUACCCAUGUCUGCCUCCCUGAAGGCAGAGAGGGACAAGCUCCAGGAGGAGGUGGAACAGAUGGAGCGGGCCCUGCGUGUGACAUCCGCUGAGGUGGAUCUACUGAGCAGUGACUCAGAUGACUCAGAUGAUGAGGUAGAGGAGGUCGAGGAGAUACAGUCUGCAGCCGGUCUUCUAGCUCAGAGGGAGAAAGUCCAGAGGGAGAUCCAGGACCUGGAGGACAUGCUUGGACCACACACUCCCAUCGUUGUGUCCGAUGAAGACAGCAGCAGCUCCAGCGACGAGAGUGACCUCGGUCUGACUCAGUCGGUGGAGUCCUGCCUACAGUUGAACCUUGUCUACCAGCAGGUGGUGCAAGAGACUCUGGAUAACCUGGAACUUCUAUUAUCAACCAACCAGAAGCAGCAGGAGGAGCUCAUAGCUCAGAUGAGCGGGCCGUUCAAAGAGUCUUCUAGAGGCCAGCUUUCUCGCUCGUCCUAUCAGCAGCCAGUCAGGAUGUUCCUGGGCCGCUUCCUGAAGCCCUACUUCAAAGACAAACUGACUGGACUGGGUCCUCCAGCAAACGAGGAAACAAAGCAAAAAGCCCUCAGGAUGUCAGUGUGUCUGGAUGACAGGAAGCUGAAACAGAAACGAUGGGAAAAUUGGCAGAAAACUUUGCUGAUCUACUCUGUCGCUCAGGAUGGAUUGAAGAGACUCAUCCAGCCCAAACUCUCAAAGGUGGACUACUUGUCCCAGAAAUUGUCGGUGGCGAAGGAAGCAGAUAAACAGUCGCUGAGGGAGCAGAUAGUCAGCUUGGAGGAUGAGAUCGACAAACUCAGGGAAAAAAAGGAGCAUGAAGUGAUUGGUUUGCGGUAUGAAGAGCACGACUGGCCGAAAAUCUCAAAUAUUGACUUUGAAGGAACGAAAGAACCAGAGGACAUCCGUCUUUUCUGGCAAAACUACCUUCAUCCGUCUAUCAAUAAGACAACAUGGAGUAAAGAGGAGGUGCAGCAGCUGAAGGAGGUCAGCAGGAGACACGACGAGAGGCACUGGGAGGCCAUUGCUCUGGAACUUGGGACGGGAAGGACGGCUUUCAUGUGCCUCCAAGUGUUCCAGCGCUUCGUGUCCCAGUCUCUGAAGCGAGUCAGCUGGACUCCGGAGGAAGACACGCUCCUGAGAGAGUUGGUGAACAAAAUGAGGAUUGGAAACUUCAUCCCAUACACACAGAUCAGUUACUUCAUCGAGGGCCGUGAUCCAACGCAGCUCCUCAACAGAUGGACCCUGAAUUUGGACCCAAGCUUGAGAAAAGGUGCUUGGACCAAAGAGGAGGACAAACUUUUGCUGCGGGCGAUUUCUCGUCUUGGAGAGUGCUGGUGGAGGGUGCGGAUGGAGGUCCCUGGACGCAGCAUCAUGGCCUGUAGGGAGAGGUAUCACGACUGCCUGAAAGCGGGGGUGAAGAAAGGAGCAUUCAACAGGAAGGAGAAAGAACUGCUCCGAAAGCUGGUUGACAAACAUGGAGUUGGUCGUUGGGCAAAGAUCGCUGCGGAGAUUCCUAAUCGUCUGGACUGUCAGUGUUUGAGAGAGUGGAGAAAGAUGAACAAAUCUCCUUCUCAGGGUCAACGGAAAGGUAAGGGUUCUUCCAAGAAAGGAAAGGAAAGAAAAGCGGGGAAGACAAAAGCUGCCUCCAGAGCGAGGAAGGGCAUCAGAAAGCGACUUGUUCAAGUGAAGAAGGAGGAACUGACAGAGGAGGAGGAACUUACAGAGGAGGAGGAUGAGGAUUUUGUGAUUCCGUACAUGGAUAGUGAUGAAGAGAUCCAGAAGAGGGAAAUCGACAAGGAGGAAGUGAGACUGGAGAGGCAGGAGGAAAAGCCGUACCGCAUCCCUCCCAUGGAGAGGUGGGUUCCCACCGAGAAGGUGGCGCCAGUCUCCCACCUGUGCUCCCGUCUGGCCGUUUUACCACCAACAUCUGAUGGUGCUACAGGAAAACCAACCAGAUCAACCAUCCUGGGACAAUGCGGACGCUCUGUGAUUAUAGGACCAUGUCCAAAAGAAUUACCCUGGGAGGAGAGACACAAAAGGAGUGCCAUGAUGAUGUUGUCGCCUAAGCAGCUCCAAGUCUACUUGAUCUACCGGUCUCACAAGCUAAAUGGUCAAAGCUGCCGCCGAAAACAGAAGGUCAAACGCAAAGAGACCAAUCUGGCGAUCGACUAUGAGCUGCAAGCGGCUGUCACGCCGUGGAUCGGCAACCUGUUGAUUCCAAUGACAACCAAAGUCAAGGCUGUGGAUGUACUUAGAGAGAACGCCGAGAAGAGGGGGUUCUCCUCAACCUCCUUCUUCCUGUUGCUCCUCCAAGCGGAGAACGUGGAUGUCAUCGGCUGCAAGGAGGUCAUCAAGAAUAGGAGGAACAAGGUUGUAAUUCAAACUCCUAUUUUGAGCCCCUCCCCUGUUCAGGUUCCAAAGACUGUUGCUCAAAUCCUUCAGCAGAGGAGGCAGAUGCAGCAACAGAAUGCAGAGGUGGACAAGCGUAAUAUGCUGCAAAAUACAGAGUUCCAGACUCCUCCUCCUCUGUUCUCCUUCAUGCCGCUUCAUACUCAGCCCCGCCUCCUUCUCCAUGUGCCUCCACAGACCCCACAUGCUCCAUUACCUCAACUCGUCCGUAUUCCUCAUCCAGUUGUACACCAACAUGCUUCCUUGAGCUUUGCCCCCUUCCCUUCCACAGCCCUGCCUGCUCCUAAAAGACUCAGUCCUGCAGGAUGCGCUGAAGCUUCACAGGUUUUUCAAAGCCCUGUAGUCCCAUUACUUUGGAAUAUAUCAGACUUUAAACCAAACGCUGCAGCUAUAGUUCCAUCCUCCUCCCAAAACCACGCUUUGUGCUCCAGCCUCACUUUGACUGGAAAUCAAGAUGCUCGAUCCACUCCUAAUCACAUUACUGCUGCUCCCAGCUCCGCCACUAACUCACCUGGAGGCAUGGAGCAGAUGGAGGCGGAGCCAAUUUCUGCAGGCAGGAGUUCCUCUGCUACGUCGCUGACAUGUGUGAAAGGGAUAGACAACAGCACAAAACAUGGCAAAAAAAAGAUUCAAGAGCUGACUCAGAAACCUGAGACAUCCAGACCUUCCAACCAGACUCCCUCCAAUCCCGUUCUGGCUAGCAAUGAGUCUUCAGCUCCCCUAUCAUCUCUGCCCACUGAUCACAACUACAGCCACCACAGCUGCCGCCAGAUUAACACCUCGACUACUAAACCCCUAAAUCGUCCAGUCACAGGAAAGAAAAGGGAGAGAGAGGACAAGCUGCUGGAUGAGGAGACGGUGGGUGAUGCUGAUGCAGGAGAGACCCAGAAAGGGAAGAGGUGUCGAAGGCUUAGUGUGAAGGCCAAAGCUUACCAGGAGGCUUUGAAGGUCCAGAUUGAAACAAAAAUGAAGAAGCUCUCCUCUCGUAGAAAGAAGUCUCCUUCAAAGGGUAAAGUUGCCGAUGAUUCCUCCGUGGGGGCUCAACCCGCCGGGGAGAGCUCUCUACCCACUCAGGCCAUGUGGGUGAUGACUCCAGCGGGGUUUGUUCAGAUGGCUCAACCACAAGCUCUGACGGUGCUCAAAGGCCCCCCCUGCCUUCCUUCCCCAGGGAGGAGUUCAGGCUCUCCUCUACCUCCAACAGCUCAGUCUGCUGGACUGAAAGCAGCAUUUGUCUCCGCACAUCUCUCCCCCGUUAAGCCCAUUCAGCAUUCCCCUUCCCCGCCACUUCUCCUGAAUCAGAAUUCUCCCUCCCUGCUGCAGUCUACUCCCCCUCAUAAGGGUGUGAUAAAUGCACAAUCUGGUCUGGCUUCUCCCCUCAGAAGCAAAGGAGUCAGCUUUGACCCCUCCCUGAUAUUCCAAGAGCCUCAUGGAAACAUACAAGAUUGGCUGAGUGGAAGAGGCGGAGUACCUGCUGGGAGGGUAGCUUUGCCGUACCUGCCCCCCUUUGUCAGCUCUCUGAACAUGAUGGCUGCCCUGCUGCGGGCCAAGAAGUCCCUGACACAGUCGUCACUGGAGCUGGUUCACGAAAGGCCCAAACCCAGACAGCCCCCAGCCCAAUCCAGACCUGAUCCUGUCGGCCGCUCCACCCGCCCUCCACUUUUCAUGUCAGAUUCCACCUCAGACUGGAACGGAGCCAGCUACCACCUUGAGCAUGGAGCUGCAGCUCCCACCGACGAGCAGCAGGGAGAGGAAGAGGAGUUGGAGGAGGAGCAGUUGGAGGGGGAGCAGUUUGAGGAGGAGCAGGUGAGGCUGGUGCGUCUGAUGGUGGCGCAGCGCUUUUCCACUAACCCCGCCUACCAGCUGCUGAAGGCCCGCUUCCUGUCCUGCUUCACUCUCCCCGCCCUCCUGGCAACGAUGCCGCAAGCCAAAAAGGUGGAGACGGUCCAGAAUGAGGAACCAGAGUUGAGUAAGGAGGCAGAGGAGCACCAGGGGAGAAAAAAGGGACAAUCUGUAAGGAAGAGGAGCAGUCAGAGAUCAAGGCUGCUGUCUGAGGACGUUGAGGUUUCUGCCAAUCACUUCUCAGGGAUCAGCACCACCAGCAAGCCCCGCCCCUCUGAUCAAGGCAGACAGCAUCGUUAGAAAAACUGUCCAUGUGUUGAAAUGUCACAAGUUUAUGUUCCAAGAAGAAGAGAGAAACUGAGAAUGAACAGGAGUUCUUUGUGUUGUUUUAAUAUUUACUGUGCAUUUUCUACAAAUAUAUUUAGUUAUUUUUCUAUUGUCUAAAGUUUUUAAAGCUAGACAUAAAGUUUUUUGCACAUGUUGAGGAACAGUCAAUAAUCUUACCUUAUCCCUGAGUCUGCCUAGCUCAGGUUAACUCAUACUUAAAUAACUCCACUAAAGUCUAUAUUUUAUAAUGUUUGAAGAAAUGUUAAGGUUGUUCCACAAUGAGUUCCAGUGCUCCAGUUUUAAGUGUUGUUAUUUUGUUGCUGCUGACCACUUUCAUUUUCCCUACAAAAAGUUUAUUUUCUAAUAAAAAGGAUUCAAUGAAA